GAAAAUUUUGCGUUAAAACAGUCGGCAAAACAAUUUCUAUUUUUGUAAACCAAAAAAAAAAUAUAUAUAUAUAUAUAAUAAUAAAUAAGAAUAAGAAUAAAAAAAUAAUAAUAAUGAAAUGCACGAAUUUAACAAAAUUAAAGCAAUACGUUUUUUCAAUAAUAUUGUUAAAUUUUAUAACGACUGCAGCAUCAAAUAAAAAGUAUAUAAAAAGUUUUGAUAAGAUAUUGAAAAAGAUUGAUGCCGAUGCUCUCACAUCAUUUUCAUUGAAAAGCAGUUGCUCUGAAUAUGAAUUUCAAUGCAAAUCAUCUAACCUGUGUAUUCCUCUUCAAAUGAGAUGUGAUUUCUCAAAUGAUUGCGAUGAUGGAAGUGACGAAAAUUUAUCAGAAUGCGAGAAAAUUUCAAUAAUUCAAAAUGAGUGUGAUAAUGAAAAUUUUUUGCAUUGCAAAUAUUCAAGAAAAUGUAUACCUAAAGAAUGGCAAUGUGAUUCAGAAAAUGAUUGUGGCUUAAUAGGCAAAUUUAAUUUGUUAGAUCCAACCGAUGAAGAAAAUUCUUUGAAUUGUUCUAAAAAAUGCCCAAACAACAAAUUACCAUGCUCAGAUGGGAUAUGUUUGCAUAUAUCUAAAUUUUGUGAUGGCAAUAUUGAUUGUGAAAACGACGAGCUAGUGUGUAAAACUAAUUCACCGUGUAAACUAUUGAAAUGUGAACAUGACUGUAGAAUGACACCUCUUGGACCAAAGUGUUACUGUCCUUUAAGUCAGGAUAUCGUCAAUGGAACAAAUUGUACUUUACAAAAAUCAUGCAAUGAAAAUGAAUAUAAUGAUGAAUCGUGUGACCAACUUUGUACAGUUUUCAAAGAGAAAAAUAAAUGUUUAUGUACGUCUGGAUACGAAAGAAUAAAUCAAAAAUGUGUUGGUAUAAAUUAUCCAUCGAAUGCUGCAACAUUGUUAUUCAUUCUUACACCCCAAGAAAUAUUAAAGAUCACGCUCCCGUCUAAUAAAAAUCAUUCUGAUGAUGAAAAUUCUUCUCCAGUUAUACUUGAGCAUAUUUUGAAGCUAUCCAAUUUAAUAACAAUGGAAGUGGACAUUAGAAACCAUUCAGUUUGUGUUUUAGAAAACUUCGAAAUAUAUUGCUACAAUGUAUCAAAUUUCAUGAAUAAAUGGAAACUUCCUCCUCCCGAUUUUAUGCCCAUUUCCCAAACCUCAUCGAAUAUCCUCAUAUCAGAAUUUGCAUUGGAUUGGAUUUCCAGAAAUUGGUAUUUUUUGGAUGGCGUAAAUAAUUUCAUUUUCAUUUGCCGCUAUAAUAUGAUCAACUGUCGGAUAUUGGUCGAAACAGAUCAGAAUAACUCAAUUAAAAUAAAAAAAAUUGCUGUAGAUCCAACCGCUGGAUAUUUAUUUUUAAUGAAAUAUGAUACAAAAAAUCGCACAAGUGCAUCUAUUGAAAGAUAUUUUAUGGACGGACGAUUUGAUAAAAAUUUAAUUGGAAAAAAGAUUUUUUACCCACAUGACUUAUCUUUAGAUGUGGCUGUCAAGCGAAUAUAUUUUCUUGAUUACUACUUUGAUUUCAUUCAACAAUGUGAUUACGAUGGAAAUAAUAGAAAAUUUCUUCAGAAACUACCUUUAAUGAAGUUUCAUAGAAUAGUAUUUUUUGAAAAUAUGUUUUUCGGUGCUAUCAACAAAAAUACAUCAAUAAUACAGAUUAGUAAAUCAUCGAUGACAUUUAAGAAAACUCUAGCUGAAAACUUGAAAAUGAAUACAAAAGUUUUAAAGAUAUUCCAUCAGCAAAUACAACCUGUGCUUAAUCUCAAAUUAUGCUCUGAAAAUAAAAAGUGCGAUCAUAUAUGUGUCCCGAAAUUAGAAGAAAUUAAUGGAAUUAAAAAAAUUAAAGAGAAAUGCAUCUGUAAGGAAGGAUAUUUUCUCGAAAACGGAAAAUGUGUUUUGAAAGACACAAAAAAAAUUAUUGCCUUUGUAGAGGAAUAUGCUAAAACAAAGAUUUUAAAAGCCAUUGAUGUUAAUAAUCCUUCCGAAACUACAAUAUCACCAAUACUUGGUAUAAAACAUAGUAUUGCAUUUGACUUUGAUUUAAACCGAAAAUUAAUCUACUUCUCUACAAAUACAGAAUCUAAUAACAUCCAGGAAAGUAUAGUAGAACGUCAUUCCUUUAAUGGAUCGUUAAAAGAUAUAAUUAAAGGAGAUUUUGGAAUAAUUCAAUCAAUGUGUUAUGAUUGGAUCGGAAAUAAUUUAUUUUUUGCAUCAUCAGCUCCAAAAUAUAAAAUUGCAGUACUGAAAUUAAAAGAAACGUCUUCCUAUAAUUUUACUGUCAAAACAUUAAUUAGUAAGGAUAUUAUAGGCCCUUCAUCAAUAGCACUUGACGUUGAAAAUGGCGUAAUGUUUUGGAGUUCAUUUGCUGAGAGAUACAACAUAGGAGGAAAAAUUGAAAUGUCAUGGAUGGAUGGAUCAUCAAGAGAUGUACUAAUAUCGAAAUCAACUAAUACAAACAUAUCUAUCUAUUGGCCAAUAUCACUAACAUAUUAUAAAGAAACUCGAAAACUUUAUUGGCUAGAUGUUUUAAGUCAAACAAUCGGCAGUAUAAAUUUAGAGGGAAUAAAAGUUCAUAAGCAAAUUAAACUGGGAAAUUCGUAUGCCCAAUCGAUGACAGUGGUAGCAGGAUCAAUUUUUUGGACUGAUAACAUAAAAAACAUAAUUGAACAUGUCAGUACAGAAAAUAUAAACUUUAGCAAUGAAUCAAAAAUUUACUUUGAAUCAGCUCAUAAAAAAAGUUUUUUGAAAAUGGCUGAUGCAAGCCAAUAUGCAGAUCAUGUGGAAAAUGAACUCCAAAUAAAAUGUCCUGGAUUGUGGCUUAAUACACCAACUGGUGGUGUAUGCUUAUGUGGUGAUGGUUUCAGUAAAAAUGGAAUGGGGACAUCUUGCAUUGCAUCUUCUAUUGUCACUAGAACUACUUUAAAACCGACAGUUGAAUGCUUAAAAUUUCAAUAUUCUUGUAAAUCUGGUGACGAAUGUAUAGAUCACAAAUAUGUCUGUGAUGGAUCCUUCGACUGUUUCGAUGGAAGUGAUGAAAGUAUAAUUCCCGAUGGUCCCUGCCAAGAAAAAUGCGAAUUUAAAUGCGAUAAUCAACAAUGUAUUAAGCAACAUCAAGUGUGUGAUGGCACAAAAGAUUGUAAUGAUGAAAGUGACGAAACCAUAAAAACUUGUCAUAAUAAAACUCAUUUGGAUGAGUACGUUGAUAGUUUCUUUUAUGAUUAUUGUGAUGAAUUCCUGUGCGAAAAUUCGCAAUGUAUUUUGUUGGAACAAAAGUGUGAUGGAAAUGAUGAUUGUGGUGAUAACAGCGACGAAAAAGAUUGUAAAAAAAUUAUUCCAUCAUUUACACAUUCAAAUGAAAGCAUAUUAAAUAUCGAUUAUGAAGAUCCUGGUGAGGAUGACGACGAUUUUAUAGAUGUAGAUUUUGACGUUAGUGCAAAUGACUGUAAAUACCCGGAAUUUUAUUGUAAAAUUGAUCGAAAAUGUAUUCCUGUUCACAAUUUUUGUGAUGGAAUAAAUCACUGCUCUGACAAAACAGACGAAUUAGGAAGAUGUGCUGAAAAAUUAUGUGAUCAUUUUUCCGAAUGUCAAUUCUUUUGCCAUAAUGCACCAAAUCCAAAUGGGUUUGUAUGCUCUUGUCCUCAACAUAUGACAUUAGAAUCAAACGAACGAUCAUGUUCCGAACCUCAAAUUUGUGAUAACUUUUCGUCUUGUGACCAUUUAUGCCUUCAACUAAAUCCUAUUAAAAUAAAAUGUAAGUGCUAUCAUGGAUAUCAUAUUAAAUCUGAUAACUUUACAUGCGAAUCUGAUCAUAAAAUUGAACCUAUUUUAUUGAUAAGUAAUCGCCAUAUCUUACGAGGAGUGAAUCUAAAAUCACCAAAAGAAGUCAAAAAUUAUUACACAAAAUCUAAAAAUUUAAUAGGAACAGAUUUCUUUUAUGACAGACACUCAAAAUCUUAUGAAAUAGUUUGGUCUGAUAUAACAAAAGACAAAAUUUAUUUGGGUCAGUUAAGAGGAGAUGAACUUCACAAUAUCAGGGUUAUUGUUGAAUCGGAUUUGUCAACUACGGAAGCUGUAGCGGUUGAUUGGAUAGGAAAAAAUGUUUAUUGGAUAGAUGCUAGCUUGAAAAAUAUUGAAGUUGCUACAAAAGAUGGUUUGCAUCGAACAACGUUAAUAUCUGAAAACAUUUCAAAACCUCGUUCAUUAGCGUUAGAUUCACGCAUUGGCUAUUUAUUUUUUUCGGAUUGGGAUGAAGAUGAGCCAAGAAUUGAAAGAUCAACUCUUUCUGGAGAUGAACGAAUGAAAAUAUUCAGUUUAAAAACAAUCAAUGGCGCAUGGCCAAAUGGAAUUACAAUAGAUUAUACAAAGAAAAGGAUAUUCUUUCUUGAUGCGAAAUCGAAGGAAAUUCAUACGAUAGACUAUGAUGGAAAAGAUCACAAAAGAAUUUUAAGGAACACAGACUAUUUACAUCAUCCUUUUUCAAUAACAAUUUAUGAAAAUAAUCUGUUUUGGUCAGACUGGCGUUUAAACGCUAUAAUUACGGCAAAUAAAUUUACUGGAAGCAACGUAACAAUUUUUUAUCAAGCUGCAAUACAACCGUUUGAUGUGAAAGUUAUGCAUCCAAGUAGACAACCCUGGGAUUUUAACGGCGAAGGAACUGCUAAAGAAAUCACUUCACCUUGCGAAAAUUCGCCUUGUUCUCAUUUAUGCCUAUUAAAUAAAAAUAAUACAUUUAAGUGUGCAUGCCCUCAUAUGAUGCGAAUAGGUGAAAAUGAGCAUGUUUGCGAAAAAAUUAAAGAUGUUAUGUUUUAUAUAACAAAUAAAUCUGAAAUAAGAGCAAUCGAGUUGAAACAUCCUUAUUCAUCUGCCAUUUCAACAAUUUAUCAUACAUCUCAAAUAAUUAUGCCUAAUCAUAUUGCAGUAAAUCCUAAAGAAAAGCGAAUAUUUUGGUCUGACAUACAGUUAAGAGAGAUUAAGAGUGUUAAAUUAUCAACUUCAAUAACCCCAUCUGAUCAAAAAAUUGAAACAAUUCUCGAUGUGGAAAUAGACAAUGUUCAUGGAUUCGCAAUAGAUUUUGUAUCUGAAUUGAUGUUUUUUUCUCAACCUAUUCCAGAAUCGGAAUCAGAAAAUCUCGGUUCUAAUAAGAGUCACCGCUUACUUGUAUCAAAUUUAAAAGGAGAAUACUUGUCAAAGAUACUUGACAAUGUUAGUGACAUUUAUGAUCUGAUAGCUGCUAUUGAACUAAGAAAAAUAUUCUAUAUCAUGACAAUUGAUAAAAAACAUUACCAAAUUCGACAAUGUGAUAUGGAUGGAACAAAUGAUAUUUUACUAUUAACAGAGGACGAAAUUAUACAUUCGUUAAUACAUGACUCAAAAUCGCAACGAUUGUAUUUUAUUAAAAAUUAUCGUAAAAUCUUUUUUAGAGACUUAAAAACUGAUGCUCUAAAAUUGGUUAAUACAUUUUAUGGAGAAAAAGAUUUAGAUAGUGAAUAUGUAGAUCUAUUAAUAACAAGCUUAGAAAUUUAUGAUGAAUUUAUAUAUUUUGGAGAAAACUCAACAUCAUCCAUUAGAAAGUGCGAUAAGUCUGCAUGCAAAAAACCUGAAAUGUACCGUAAAAAUACACCAAACAUUAAACAACUAAAAUUGAUGUCUCUUUUUGAUGUUGAUAAUGAUGCAACAGAUAUCAAUGGAUGCUUUUUACAGCAAAAUGGUAAUGUUAAUCAACGCAAAUGUGAUCAUUUAUGCAUUCCAAAAGGACAAUCAGAUUAUGUUUGUAAAUGUGCCAUUGGAUAUUAUAUCGAUUCAAGAGAUAUGGCAAAGUGUGUGAGCGAAGACGAUUUUUUGAUAUAUUCAUUAGAUUAUGAAGUGAAAGGACUUUCACUUAAGCUUCCACGGAAACAAAUUUUUCUUACUCCAUUACAAAGAAUGAAUGUUAUUAGCUCAUUAGACUACGAUUCGGCGACUGAUCUUAUAUUCUUUUCUGAUCAUGAAAAAGGAGAGAUAAUAAGGAUAAAGAAAGAUGGAAGUUCUAGAAAAACGGUUUUGAACUCGUUUGACUUUGAUCAGUUUAAUGGAGAUUGGCUUGGAGGAGUUGCUGUUGAUUGGAUGGCACAGAAUAUUUUUUGGACAGACCAAAAACGUGGUUUAAUAGAAGUUUCACGCUAUGACGGAACAUUCCGCAAAGUUAUUGCAUGGCAACUUAAGAAACCAACAAUUAUUAGAAUUGAUCCAAAAUUAGGACUUUUAUUUUUCUUAUCUGGUGAAAAUAAAGUUUAUAGUAUAGAUUUAGAUGGAACUGAUCUAAGAUUGAUAACCAAAAAACCUGAAGGCUCAAUUAAUGAUUUCAUAAUAGACAUUGAAAAUACACAAAUCUACUGGUGUGAUACCAAAAGGAACAAAAUUUUGAAAAUUGAUUACGAUGGAAACGGUAAAACAAAUUUGAAUUUGACAAAUAUACAAAACCCAAUUUCUUUAGAUUUAAUUGACAAAAACUUAUAUUGGGCCGAAAGAGGAACUGGAAUGUUAAAAGUUGUAAACCUUAAUGAUUUAUCAAACACAACCAUAUUAAAGUCCUCACUUUCUAAUCAAUUAAAAACAUUAAAAAUAUUUUCUACUAAAAAACAAAGUGGAGUUAACGAAUGCAGUAUGCCAGAUUAUGGAGGAUGUACUGAGUUAUGUCUUUUCAAUGGAACAGAUCCAAAUUGUUUUUGCUCAAAUGGAUACCUCGAUCAAUAUGAUGGAAGAAGUUGUCGAAAAUAUGAAAACCAAAUAUUCUUUUCCAAAAAAGAUGCUAUUGAGAAAAUCGAUAUUUUAAAUGAAAGCAAUUCAACAGGUUUCACCAUUCAAAGUCAAAGCUUCCUUCAGCACGUUGUCGCUUUAAGCUAUGAUUAUAAAAAUGAAUUAAUUUAUUAUUCAGAUAUUCGUCAAAACGCAAUCUGCUUGACAAAUUUUGAGGGAACAAAAUUUGAAAAAUUGCUAGAAAAUCAGCAUAUAGUUGAAGGUAUUGCUUUUAAUCCUCAGGAUAAUAAUCUUUUCUGGACAUUACAUACUGAAGCUGAAAUUAGAAAUAUAGAUUUGAACCUUUUUAAAAAUGGAACUAUUGUAAAUAAAGAUUUAAAUGAUUCAAUCAGAAAAGUUCUAAAGCUUAAAAUGGGAGCAGAUAAGCUAAGAGCUAUUGUUGUUGAACCAUGUAUGAACAUGAUUUAUUAUAGUAAUUGGAACAGCAAAGCACCCACAAUAUCACGAAUUUAUAUAACUGGUUAUGGAAAUGAAAAUAUUAUAACAAAAGAUAUAAUGGUACCAAACGCACUAACACUUGAUCUUGAAGAUAAAAAAAUUUAUUGGGGCGAUGCACGUUUAGAUAAAAUUGAAAGAUGUGACUAUGAUGGCAGAAAUUGUAUUAUUCUUUCACAAUCAGCUCCAAAGCAUCCAUUUUCUUUAACAGUAUUCAAAGAUUUUCUAUUUUGGAGUGAUUGGACUCUUCAUGCUGUAUUACGUGCAAAUAAAUAUUCUGGAAAUGAUGUGAUUUAUUUAAAAAAAGAAAUUGAACAUCCUAUGGGUAUUUUUGUUGCCUAUGAUCAAGCCAAACAGUGUACAAACGGAGCUUGUGCUUUACUGAAUGGAGGUUGUGAAGAUGUUUGUUUACCACAUGGAAAUAACAUAAAGUGUGAAUGUUCACAGGGUUUCCUAUCCCCUGAUGGAAAAAAAUGCUUAUUGAGGGACAAGAAAAUUUCGAAUUGUAAUUCCACAUAUGAAUUUCAAUGCAAAAGUGGUGAAUGUAUACCAAUUUUAACUACAUGUGAUGACAUCCAACAUUGUUCUGACAAUAGCGACGAAUCUCUUAAUUUUUGUUCAAAAAGAGUAUGUCCACAAGAAGCUUUCUUUCAGUGUAGAAAUUUUAGGUGUAUAAACAAGGAUGAAAAAUGUGAUGGAGUAUCACAGUGUGGUGAUGGAAGUGAUGAGGAUAAUUGCGGUUGUUCAAUAAAUGAAUUUAAAUGUGCAAGUGGAGAAUGUAUUCAGAUGAAGUACAAGUGUGAUAAUGAUGCUGACUGUAAAGAUGCAUCCGAUGAAAUGGGUUGCGAAUCAAGAGAUUGUAGUGCACUAAGAGAAAUUUUUCACGCCGAAAAUACCAAAUCAAUACCAACGGAACGUCAACUAAUUCCUUGCAAUAAAACAACCGCAUGCUACAUGAAAGAAUGGCUCUGUGAUGGAGAAAAUGACUGCUGGGACUGGAGUGAUGAAAUUAAUUGUCCAUCAAAAAAUGAAACCAAAUCUUGCACUGAUGAGCAGUUCAAAUGCAGUAAUGGGAAAUGUAUAAAUUUUGAAUAUGUGUGUGAUGGCGAUGAUGACUGCAAAGAUGGACAAUUAGAUAAACAAAGUUCAGAUGAAAGUGAUUGCAAAUAUCAUUGUUCAAUUGGUCAGUUUUCAUGUGAAGACAAAAAAAUGUGUAUCCCCCUAUCAUUUGUUUGCGAUAACGUUCAAGAUUGUAUAGACGGAUCUGAUGAAAACAAAUGUCCAAACAAAACCAUUACUAUUGAACCAAAAACUUGUUCACCUUAUCAAAUGACUUGCUUAAAUGGGCAAUGUAUUGAGAAAAAUGAAAUGUGUGAUGGAAAUUUUGAUUGCGAUGAUCAUACAGACGAAUCUGAAUUAUGCUUACUUCCGCCAUAUUCUGUCGUAGAAAUAAAGAUAUGUAAUGAGGAUGAAUUCAAAUGCAACAAUCACGAAUGUAUUGACCGUAAAGCAAUGUGCAACUUAGAAGUCGACUGUUCUGAUGCAAGUGACGAAAAUGAAACACUUUGUGAAGAUUUCCCAUUAUACUGUAAACGAAAUCCUAAAAAAUUUCUGUGCAGAGAAGGAAGUUGUAUUGAUUUAAACUUAACGUGUGACGGAUUAAAUGAUUGUGGAGAUUUUUCUGAUGAAGAAAAAUGUAAUGUUAAUGAGUGCGAAUUCGUCAACUGUCAACAUAAUUGUAUAGAUUUGAAAAUCGGAUAUGAAUGUACUUGUAACAAUGGUUUUCAAAAAGAUCCAAACAAUUCAUAUCAUUGUGAAGAUAUUGAUGAAUGUGAAAGUCGACCAUGUUCCCAAAUAUGUAUUAAUACAUAUGGUUCUUAUCAUUGUGAAUGCCUAGACGGUUAUAUAGAAGAUGGGAAUUCGUGCAAGAUUGAUUCACCUGAACAUCCGAAAAUAAUAUUUUCUAAUCGAUUUUACAUUAGAAAUGUUGAUUUGAAUGGUAAUUCUGAAAUAUUGUUACACAACUUAUCGAAUGCUGUAGCAAUUGAUUAUGAUUGGAGCCAGAGUUAUAUUUAUUUUUCUGAUGUUACAACAUCAAAAAGUGAAAUAGUCCGUGCAAAAUUGGAAGGAAAUAAAGUAAUUAAUCGAGAAGUUUUACAUCAACAAAAUAUGAAAAAUCCUGACGGAAUUGCAUUUGACUGGAUUGGAAAAAAUAUUUACUGGUGUGACAAAGGACGUCAAACUAUAGAAGUUUCCAAAGACAACGGAAGAUAUAGGAAAAUUUUAAUCAAUAAAGAUUUAGAUGAACCCCGAGCUAUCAUUCUAGACCCUUAUAGAAGAAAUAUAUAUUGGACAGAUUGGGGUUUGAAACCACAUAUCGGACUCUCAGGAAUGGACGGUUCUAACCCUGAGUUUAUUAUAACCAAAAAUCUUGGAUGGCCAAAUGCAUUGACAAUAAGUUUUGAAACCAACGAACUCUUCUUUGGUGAUGCAAGAGAAGAUUUCAUAUCUGUUUGCGAUUUGGAUGGAAAAAAUCGAAAAGUUGUUGCACACCGCAAAUUUAAUCCUAAUUUAAAUUUGCAUCAUAUUUUCUCAAUUGCUGUUUGGGAAAAUCGUGUGUAUUUUUCUGAUUGGGAAGCCAAAAGUAUUGAGUUUUGUGAUAAGUAUACAGGUAAAAAUUGUGGAACUCUUCUUAAACUUAUUCAUCGACCAAUGGAUUUAAAAAUUUACCAUCCUAUUAAGCAACGAAAAAUGAUUUCAAGUAUUUUUAAUGAAAAUUUAUCAAAACGUAAGCAAGAUUUUAAGCAAAAGGAUUCAAGUUUUAAGAAAAAACUAGAUUUAACAAACGUAAAGGAUAACCCGUGCCACUAUGCCAACUGCUCUGCCUUAUGUUUGUUGUCACCCAACCCACCGUACUAUAAAUGUGACUGUCCAGAUAACUUUUACCUUGCCAAUGAUUUAAAAACGUGCGUUGCAAAUUGCACAGCAGCUCAAUAUCAUUGCAAGAAAACAGUUCGAUGUAUUCCAUUCUUUUGGAAAUGUGAUAAACACGCAGAUUGUGAGUAUCAAGAGGAUGAAUUGGAAAACUGUCCAGAAAAUUUUUUCUGCACUCCAGGACAAUUUCAAUGUGAUAGUAUUUCCAAAAAUACAAGCUCAAGAGUAAUUCAAAAAAAUCACAAGGCAACUUGCUUAGAUGCUUCAAAGUUAUGCGAUGGAAAUAAAGAUUGCAUAGAUGAAAGUGAUGAAGCUAAUUGCGAACAGUAUGGAUGCUUUAUUGAGAACAGCAUUCAAUGUGAAAAAACAGUUAAUAGUUCUGUAUAUUGUAUACCAAAAUCUAAAGCUUGUAAUGGCGAAGCUGACUGUCCAAAUGGAAAUGACGAAAAAAACUGUCCCGCUAAAUCAUGUACUUCAGGCCAAUUUAAAUGUGUUACAACCAAUUCUUGCAUUCCAAAAGUUUGGGAAUGUGAUGAGGACGCUGAUUGUUUAGAUGGAAGUGAUGAAAAAAACUGCAACGAUAGACAAUGUUUUGAAACAGAAUUUAGAUGUUCUACUGGUCGUUGUAUUCCAGCCAAUUGGGUCUGUGACGGUGAUGCGGACUGCCCGAAUGGCGAAGAUGAGGGAGUAAAAGCAAAAUGUGACGAUUUACCAAAAAAUGAUUCAUGCGACUCAACUUACUUUAAAUGCAAUAUUACUGGAUUAUGCAUCCCCGGACGAUGGAGAUGUGAUACAGAAAUCGAUUGCGAAGAUUCUUCAGAUGAAGCAAAUUGUCCACAAAGAAAAUGUUCAGAAUCUGAAUUUAAAUGUAAUGAUGGUAGAUGCAUACAAGGAUCACUAAGAUGUGAUAAAGAAUACAAUUGCAACGAUUUUAGUGAUGAAGAAAACUGUCCAAUAGCAUGUGAUGAAUCCACAAUGUUUAAAUGUGCAAAUCAGGUUCAAUGUAUCAGUAAAAGUUUUUUAUGUGACGGUGAAUCAGAUUGUGAUGAUUAUAGUGAUGAAAAAAAUUGCGGAUGUCAACUCAAUGAUUUUAAGUGUCGAGGAGAGUUCGAAAAAUGUAUACUUAAUGACUGGUUGUGCGAUGGAUUGUCAGAUUGCCCGGAUAAUAGUGAUGAGCAUGAUUCAAGAUGUCUAAGUCGCUCUUGUGCUGGUAACGCAAUCAAAUGUUUAAACGGAAAAUGUAUUCCAAAAUAUUAUAUAUGCGACAGCGACAAUAUUGAUCAUUGUGGAGAUGGAAGUGAUGAAAAAAAUUGCAAUAGAACUGGAAUUAUCGAUUCAAGCUAUAUUAAUGUAGGAUGUAAAUUUGGAAUUUGCAGUCAACUAUGUGUUGAAAAAGGUCCAAAGAAUUCGAUACAAUGCAAAUGUGCAAUUGGAUAUCAUAAACAAAGUUCAUUAAAAAAUGGAACAUGCAAAGCAAUUAAUGGACAACACUUAAUAUUUACUGCAUCCGAAUCUGAAUUGAGAUUUAUAUAUGAACUUAGUUAUGAAUCAGACAUACAAAGAGCUCAGACAAAUGAUACAAGAUCUAAAGUUAGAUCUGUUCAUAGUUUUAUUAAAACCAAUUCAUCAAAAAUUUCUUCCUUUGAUUUCGUCACGAAUGAAGAAAAUGAUAUUAUUCUUUUUUGGGUUGAUUCAAUGCCAUCAAAUAAUCUUCAAAGUAUUAAAAUGAGUACCAAACAUGACUUUGAAGAAAUAAAGAACAAAGGAUAUGAUGCUAGAAAUUCAACUGUUUUAACAACAAAUAAGGUGAAAAAUACGAUUCUCAAGUCCAUUAGUAUUGAUUGGAUUACUUUUAAGAUAUAUAUGAUUGAAGAUGAUAUGAUAAAAUCAAUAGAUUAUCAUGGGAGAUCUAAGAAAACUAUAAUUGAUGGAGGAACAAAUUCGUGGGAUAUAGUUGUUGAUCCGGAAAGUAGAAGAAUGAUUUGGAGUACAAUGUUGAGAGUUAUAUACAUUGCAAGCAUGGAUGGUGCUCAUAAAAAGAGGCUAGUAAUGGAGAAUAUUGAAUUUGCGUCUGGAUUAGCGAUUGAUUAUCCUUCAAGAAGAGUAUAUUGGUGUGAUAUUAGAAAAUCGACUAUAGAGACAGUCACAUUAGAAGGGCAAGAUAGACAAGUAGUUAGAAAAUUCAAUGAUAUAAACUCAUAUAACCACAUGCAUAUUAGUCCAAAUAAAUUGGAUGUUUUCGAAGAUGAUUUGUAUGUUGUUAUGACAAACCAAACAAUUUUAAAACUAAAUAAGUUCGGCUUAAAGAAAAAUUAUGAAGAAAUAAGUAAUGGUCCAUACCGAUAUAAAGCUUCGGACAUUAAAAUAAUUCAUACUUUAAAACACAAUAGUUCUUUACCAAAUCCUUGUCAACUUUAUCCAUGCGAACACACAGCCAUAUGUUUUUUGUCAUCUGUAGACCAAAGUGGAAGAUCAUGUAACUGCCCAGAUAAUUUAUACAUCCAAAAAAAUGGAUCACACGUUUCUUGUUUGCAUAGAUCACAAAUACCAUCUUUGUGCUAUAAAAACUGUGAAAAUGGAGGAGUUUGUAAGUAUAUUGAUGAUGAACAGGUUUGCGAUUGUUUGCCUCAGUAUGAAGGAGAUGUGUGUGAACAUUAUAUAUGCUCAGGUUAUUGUAAAAAUCAUGGAGUUUGUACAUUACCGAGUAAACAUAUGUCAUUAAGUAGAGAAGAACUAAAACUGAAAAGAUCAUGUAAAUGCACUGAAAGUUGGAAAGGUCCUCGCUGUGAAAUACCACCAUCAAUUUGCAAAGACAUCAUUUGUCAUAAUGGAGGGACAUGUCAAUAUCAACAAAACAAAAAUGGAACAAUUACUCAAUUGUGUGUUUGUUCCGCUGGCUUUAAUGGUGACUUCUGUGAAAAAUGUGAUGCUAUACAAUGCAUAAAUGAAGGAACUUGUCAACGGGACUCAAUGAAUAAGUUUAGAUGUGUAUGCUCUGAAAGAUAUACAGGAUUAUUUUGUGAAGUUGAUAGGUGUAAAGAUUAUUGCCAAAAUAAUGGUAGAUGCCAUAUUGAAAAUAUAAAAGGGCCUGUAUGUGAUUGUGAUGAAAAUUUUACAGGAGACCGAUGUGAAAAAGAAGUAAAAAUAUGUUUAAACUGCCCAGAAAAUCUACCAAGUUGUGAUAUGAACUGUGAAAACGGUGGAUUUUGUCGCAAAUAUAUUGAUGGAUUUGAAUCGUGUAUGUGUGUUGGUCAGUGGUCUGGGAAAUUUUGUGAAUUACCACCAAAAUGCAUUGAUGAGUGUGGAAAUUGUAAUGAUAGUUCUUCAAUCAACGAAUGCUUGUGUAACGACGGACACAUACAAGCUUGUUCAAGUCUUGGUGAAAGCUCCGAACAUCCUGAUGUUAUUGCUUCAGAAAUGUUUAAUAAUCAGCAUGAAACUCUUUCGUUGAUAUUAGUUCUUUUAUUAGCAUUAAUUUUGAUGUCUACACUUGCUUUUCUAACUGUAUUUUAUCUAAGAAAGUGGCAAAGACGAGUAAGAUUUUUCGCACAUGCUAGAUUGAAUGAAAAUGUUGAAGAAAUAACAAAUCCAAUUUUCGAUUUUUUGGCUACGGAACGAGAUGACAUAAACUUACCUGUUACAAGUAUUUCUAACAACGAGGAUGAAAAGGGUCAUUUUUCUAAUCCUUUGUAUGAAUCUAUGUACUCUUCAUCUCAUAAAGGAUUGCUUGAAAGAAAGUCUGAUGAUGAAGAAGAAGCAAAAAAUGAAUUGUUGUAAUCUUCAUCUUAUUGAUACAAAAUAAAAUCAUAAAGGAUUAAAAAAAAUUAUUCACUUCAUUUUUUGGAUGUGAUUGAUUGAUGUUCAAUUUUUUGUGUACAAUUUAUUAGAGAGAAUUUCCUGAUUAAUAAAGUAAGACUGAAUGGAACAAAAACUAGAUACAAAUUAAUGUGCGGUACAAUUCAAACAAUCAAUAAUUCAUGGCUGCUAAAUUAAUCUAAAACUAAAGUAAUAAUGCUCGUAUCAAAAUUAAAUGAUAACGAAAAUUAAAAGGUUUCAAAGCUAAUAUUUGUUUAAUUAUGACUUUAAACAUUAAGUUUUGGUAGUAAAUAAUCUCCAUAGUAUUAGAAUAUUAAGGUUUAUAAAAAUUUUGCUCGUCAUAAAUGACGGUUAUGAAUAUGAUAACUUUGUCUACCUGUUUGCUAUGAUACUCCAGCUUUGUGACAUGUUUUACAUAAAAAUGACUAAACUGGAAUUAGACUAUUGAUUCUCACCAAUCAUUUUACAUUAAACUUGUUUUUUAAAAGCUAGCUUAAUAAUGCAUUUUUCUCAAUCAAUAAACCCCUACAAUUUCCACACAUUUCAUGAUGCAUAAAUCCAUUCAAGAUAGCAUCAACCAUCUAAACCCACCAUUGAAUGCGUUUAAUAAGUUUUCUUUUCAAAAGUAUGGAUUACAUACAUUUCAAUCCCGGGAUUGAAAAGCUUCUCUGAGUAGUUUAUGUGACUUGUAUUGCAUCAGCAGCUUCACCUUUCUCGAUCGCGUUAUUGCACGUAACUUAACCUUGUUUCGGCAACUAUGGAAACUGUUUUGAUCAUAGAUCAAUCGUUUUCUUUGAUUGAUGAUUUGAUGAUUUGCUGAAUGAUUGCCUCCGCAAUUGUAGUUAUUGAUAAAGUUCUGAUUUUUGUAUGAAAUCACAUACUUCACAAAUGCCAAAACUCAAUAUUUGAAGAAGAAACAAGGCCAAGUAUCACGAAAAAUAAAGUAAAGAUUUUUAAUGAGUUAAAAUCUUAGGGAAAGGUUAAUUUGUUGCAUUUUCGUUUGGUCGCAUUAAUCGGGGCUAGUCAAUUGCACCGAAAAAUAAUAAGUCCACAACACUAGAGGAUAAUAAACCCGAAAAAUGAAAAACAAAAUGAAGAACAAAAUCUGUCUGUAAAUGAUAAAAUUCAAUCGUCUGUUAAAGACCUAAACCAAUCAAAUAAUUUUGGAUGCAACGCAUCGAAUUCAUCAUCAAUAAAUUAUUUCAAAUUACUUUGAUGAUGUUCAGGUACGAUAUGGAACUGGAACUGCCACAAGUCUAAACUGACAGGUUGGACUUAAAUAGUUUCAUCAGAUUUAAGCUUCUGAGAAAAAGUAGACGUGUUUUGAUAUACAACAUGAUAAGUUUUUGAAAGGAAAAAAAUAUUGGUCCACAGGUAGUACUGUUCAAAACUUUGACAGUCCAUAACUCUUGCUGGUUAUAUCCAAUUCCAAAAAUUUUUGUGGGACAAAAUUGGACGUAAUUAGGAGAUCAGUUUUUAUACAUAAUAUGCAUGAUUAAAAUUAAUUUCGUAAUUGGUUCCCGCUGAAAAAGUGAAGUUAGCGGGAAAGAUACCCAAAUAAUAAAAGUGGUGUAUCCAGUCAUAGGAAGUAGGACGAAAAUAUUUAAUUGCGGGACGUAAAUGGACGUAAUAUGGACGUAAUUCUGACUAAUAG